CUCGUCCCCUGCCAGCUCUGAGCUUGUCCGUUGAGGGGCGGGGUUAGAUAAGGUGCCGGAGGGCCUGGGGGCGGGGUGGCGUCGCCGUCCGCUGCUGUUUCGCCCCCGGACCUGGCGCCUGGCCUGCGGAGGGAGGAGGCGGAGGAGGGAUGUUUACGGUCUCCCCUCUAGGAGGCCGCGGGUUUGAGGCCCGCCCCGUCCUCCCUGGUACUUAAGCGGCCGGCUGUGCGCGCCGUCGGGGAGCGGUCCGGCGAGCGGCGGGCUUUGCGGCCGUCCCCUCCGGCGACUCCGCAGCGCGGCCUUCACUUUCGAAGUGCCUUCAACUUUAGGUGAAGAUGUCUGAGAGUGACUUCGGGGAGCGCGGCGACGGAAGCGAGGAGCAGGUGUCGGGUGCUAAAGUCGUCGCCCGCGCCCUGAAGGCGCAGAGUGUGCAGUACAUGUUUGGCGUCGUGGGCAUCCCGGUGACUGAAAUCGCCCUUGCCGCCCAGGAGCUGGGCAUCAGGUACAUCGGGAUGCGGAACGAGCAGGCGGCUUCGUAUGCUGCCUCUGCUGUUGGAUAUCUGACUGGAAGGCCAGGAGUAUGCCUUGUUGUUUCAGGCCCAGGUCUCAUCCAUGCCUUGGGUGGUAUGGCCAACGCAAACAUGAACUGUUGGCCCUUGAUUGUGAUUGGUGGUUCCUCUGAAAGAAAUCAAGAAACAAUGGGAGACUUUCAGGAAUUUCCUCAGGUUGAAGCUUGUAGAUUAUAUAGCAAGUUCUCUGCCCGGCCCAGCAGCGUAGAAGCUAUUCCCUCUGUCAUUGAAAAGGCCGUGAGAAUCAGUAUCUACGGUCGUCCAGGUGCUUGUUAUGUUGAUAUACCUGCAGAUUUUGUGACCCUCCAGGUGAAUGUGAGUUCUAUAAAGUACAAAGAGUGCUGCAUGCCACCUCCUGUUAGCAUGGCGGAACCCUCUGCUGUUUGUCUGGCAGCGUCUGUUAUUAGGAGUGCCAAACAGCCCCUUCUUGUCAUCGGGAAAGGUGCUGCUUAUGCCCGUGCAGAGGAGAGUAUCAGGAAAUUGGUGGAGCGAUGUAAAUUGCCGUUUUUGUCCACUCCUAUGGGCAAGGGUGUUGUCCCUGACAACCAUCUAAACUGUGUAGGUGCAGCCAGAUCCAGGGCUUUGCAGUUUGCUGAUGUGAUUGUCUUAUUUGGUGCCAGACUAAAUUGGAUUUUACAUUUUGGACUGCCUCCAAGAUACCAGCCAGGUGUGAAGUUUAUCCAGAUUGAUAUCUGUGCAGAAGAACUGGGAAAUAAUGUAAAGCCUGCUGUGACUUUGCUAGGAGAUAUAAAUGCUGUUACUAAACAGCUUUUAGAACGAUUUGAUAAAACACCAUGGCAGUAUCCUCCAGAAAGCAAGUGGUGGAAAAUUUUGAGGGAAAAAGUGAAGAGCAAUGAAGCUGCAUCCAAGGAAUUAGCUUCCAAAACGUCUCUGCCCAUGAAUUAUUACACAGUAUUCUACCACAUUCAAGCACAGUUGCCCAAAGACUGUUUUGUGGUAAGUGAAGGAGCAAAUACCAUGGACAUUGGACGCACUGUGCUUCAAAACUACCUUCCUCGUCACAGGCUUGAUGCUGGUACUUUUGGAACAAUGGGAGUCGGUUUGGGAUUUGCUAUUGCAGCUGCUCUGGUGGCUAAAGAUAGAAGCCCCGGGCAGCGGGUCAUCUGCGUGGAGGGAGACAGUGCAUUCGGAUUUUCUGGCAUGGAAGUGGAAACCAUCUGCAGGUACAACUUGCCAAUCAUAGUCUUGGUGGUGAACAAUAAUGGAAUUUACCAAGGUUUUGAUGCAGAUACUUGGAAAGAAAUGGUAAAAUUUCAAGAUGCUGUUACAGUGGCUCCUCCAAUGUGUCUCCUGCCAAACUCACGUUACGAGCAGGUCAUGACUGCAUUUGGAGGCAAAGGCUAUUUUGUACAAACACCAGAAGAACUCAGAAAAUCCCUGCAGCAGACCUUGGAAGACACAACUAAACCUUCUCUUAUCAAUAUCAUGAUCGAGCCACAAAGCACACGCAAGGCCCAG